UGUCGGAGAGUGCUGGCUCCUUUACACCAAGAUAGGGGGAAAAGACUGAAUAAAAGGAAACCGUGCCAGUGAGCCUGUAAUGACCACAAAACCCCACGGAGGAGCCUAAAAACACCGCCAUUGGAUAUUUCUCCCUUUUCUCUCGUUCUUCUCAUGCGUUCCUCGCUGUGGAUUAUUGUGUUUGGCACCGGGGCGGACGGAAUGGAUAAGGCCAUGGCCCUAACAUAUUGAAUAGCUCGUUGGUGGUGGUGGGGGGGAGGCGAGACGCGCACCGUGGAGACAAUUCAUGGGGCAUUGUGCGGGGAGGAAAAUGGUGGAUUAUUUGCACUGUAUCAUAAAAUCCUUCCAUUGUGUGGAUAUCCUGAUAUAAGACACUGUUUGGUGGCAUAUCUGCGGCUGUUUGGGCCGUGUCUACAGUCAUUGAGGUCGUGUUAUAGCGGUAGGUAGGUAGGUACCCCCUCUCCUGCUCGAUCAGAGCGACCUCAGACAUUUCUAAUUUUUUAUAUAUACAUGUAGGAUUCUUGUAUCCUUGCUACGCGUUCACCCUCCCCUCCCCGAAAAGUAACAUUUGGAAACAAUAAACUGUUGGGAUUACUGAACUAUGGAUUUCAACAGCAGCGGUGGCGGCGGGGGCAGCGAGCUGCACAACAACCAGUUUUAUCAGUGCGAGGAGAACAAGCCUCUGCUGGGGGAGAUGUCGGAAGGGAAUAAUAACACCAAGCUGGGCGCAGGGCCGUGCAAGAGGACCCUGCACCACUGCAGCAGCAGCGGGAUGCGCUACAAGCUGCUCCACGAGGGGGACAUCCAGGUGUGCGUGGUCAAACACCCCCGCACCUUCCUCAGCAAGAUCCUCACCUCCAAGUUCCUGCGGAGAUGGGAGCCGCACCACCUCACGCUCACAGACAGCAGCCUGACCUCGGCCACCCCCACUGGUUACAUGGAGACAUCAUUGUCCUACAGCUCCAUAGAGGACCUGCAGCUCCUUUCAUGGGACAAUGCUCCAAAGUACUGUGUCCAGCUCAGUUUCCCUGGUGGCACCGUCCUGCUGCAGGCUGCAAACAGCUACUUAAGGGACCAGUGGUUUCACUCCCUGCAGUGGAAGAAAAAGAUCUACAAGUACCGUAAGGUCCUGAACAACCCGAGCCGCUGGGACGUGGUGCUGAAGGAGAUCAGAGCGCUGGUGGACAUGGCUCUGACCUCUCCACUGCAGGACGAGUCCAUCCACCAGGCUCCACUGCACAUCAUCUCCACCCUGCUGGCUGAGAACUCUAAUCUCAGCACUCAGGAUCAUGAGAACAUCAUUGUGGCCAUUGCUCCUCUUCUGGAAAACAACCAUCCACCACCUGACCUGUGCGAGUUCUUCUGUAAGCACUGUCGGGAGCGGCCGCGGUCGAUGGUCGUGAUUGAAGUGUUCACUCCUGUGGUCCAAAGAAUCCUCAAACAUAACAUGGAUUUUGGGAAGUGCCCUCGACUGCGUCUCUUCACUCAGGAGUACAUCCUGGCUCUCAACGAGCUCAACGCCGGGAUGGAGGUCGUCAAGAAGUUCGUCCACAGCAUGCACGGGCCUACGGGGCAGUGCCCUCACCCUCGUGUCCUGCCAAACCUGGUGGCGGUGUGUCUCGCUGCCAUUUACUCCUGUUAUGAGGAGUUCAUCAACAGUCGGGAUAACUCUCCCAGCCUGAAGGAGAUCAGAAACGGCUGCCAGCAGCAGAACGACCGCAAACCGCCGAUGCCGCUCCGCCUGCUGCGGCCCGAGCCUCCCACGCCGCCUCCCGCCACCACCACCAUACUCCCCCUCUCCACCAACCCUAGCCCCCCUCAGCCGCCUCCCCCCGCCCCCUCGAACCCGGCGCCGUCCGUCCCCAUCCCCAUCUCCUCCCCGACACCCUCCCUGCCCCUCUCCCCUCCCCCUUCCGUCGUCAACUCCAGCGAGAUCCUGGUGGAGCUGGAGCGCAACAACAACUCGGCCAACGCCAAGCGGAAGGUGGGGCCGUCCGGGGGAGACAGCGAACCCAACCUCAUCGACUGUCUGCUGGUCAGCCCGGCCGUCAACACUCUGUCCAUCCAGCUGCCGGCGCAGGCCGACCGCGUGCUGGGCUGCUUCGCUCUCAUCCUCAAGAUGCUAUCGGACUAUGAUGACUGGAGACCUGCUCUGGCCAGCCUGCUGCAGCCCAUCCCCUUCCCUAAAGAGGCCCUUGCACAUGCCAAAUUCACAAAGGAACUGAAAUAUGUUAUUCAGAGGUUUGCGGAGGACCCGAGGCAGGAGGUCCAUUCCUGCUUACUCAGCGUGCGUUCAGGUAAAGACGGCUGGUUCCAGCUCUACAGUCCAGGAGGAGUGGCCUGUGAUGACGAUGGAGAGCUGUUUGCCAGUAUGGUUCAUAUAUUGAUGGGCUCCUGCUAUAAAACCAAGAAGUUCCUCCUCUCACUGGCUGAAAACAAGCUGGGUCCCUGCAUGCUGCUGGCCCUGCGUGGAAACCAAACCAUGGUGGAGAUCCUGUGUCUGAUGCUGGAGUACAACAUCAUCGAGAACAAGGACACCCAGCUGCAGAUCAUCUCCACCCUGGAGAGCACCCAGGUCGGCCUCCGCAUGUACGAACAGCUCUGCGACCGACAGAGAGAGCUCAAAGAACUGCAAAGGAAAGGAGGCCCCACCCGCCUGACUCUGCCCUCCAAGUCCACGGAUGCAGAUCUGGCUCGCCUGUUGAGUUCAGGCUCUUUUGGGAACUUGGAGAACCUGAGCUUGGCCUUCACCAACGUCACCAGUGCCUGUGCUGAGCAGCUCAUCAAGCUGCCUUCACUCAAACAGCUCAACCUCUGGUCCACACAGUUUGGGGAUGCAGGGUUGAGGUUGUUAUCCGAGCAUCUGGCCUGUCUUCAGGUGUUAAACCUGUGUGAGACUCCCGUCACUGAUGCUGGUCUGCUGGCUCUCAGCUCCAUGAAGAGUCUGUGCAGUCUGAACAUGAACAGCACCAAGCUUACAGCUGACACAUACGAGGACCUCAAGGCCAAACUGCCCAACCUGAAAGAUGUGGAUGUCCGGUACACAGAGGCCUGGUGAUCGACCACGCUCACACACACCCUCAUUACAUAACCAGACACACACAUAAACAUAUGCACACCCUGCACACCGACUCAGACACAUACAUGAAACAUUGUGUGGUGAUGUCAUCUCCAUCGUCGUCAUCAUUAGACCUGGAAGUCUGACAUCAUGGCAGCGGGAGGAUUACCUCAUGUAGACCAGAACAUGGUUUAAAGGAGGUUCAGAUGUCAUCAAACAACCCCCCUCCCCCCCCGUAGUCACCAAGAAGGAACUGUCCCUUUUUUUUCUAAAUGAGAAAUCUUUCUGGACCUUGUCGCUCCCCUUACUUGUAGAAGGACUUGUUUUUACUGAUCAGAGGACAUGCAAGGACCCGCCAUGUUGUGACAAAAGGGACCCUUUUCUCUCUCCGCCUUUAUCCUUUGCCCUGUCUUUCAUAUAUGGUUUCGCAUUUUUCAUAUAGUCAUAUACAGCCAGCUGUGCCCCCUCCCCCUCCCCACCACCUCCACCUGUGUGUCGCAUCAUGAGGAAGAUCUGAAUCAACCCCCCUUCGCUCCACUCAUAGCCUUCCUCCGUCUGUUUUUUUCUCCCCUCUCAUGCCCUCGUGCGAUGAAGGCUGGAUAUCAGAUCCACGAUGUAGCUCUGUUGAACUGUUCCUCCCUCUCAGUUGUCACCCUCAACCUCUUUCAGCUCCAGUUUUCAGGUUUCUGAUUCCGGCCUUUUUCAAAUCUUUUCAUUGGUGAAAAAAAAAAAAAAAAUGAGGUGCUACCUCCGCGAGAAAAGAAGAAGUUUGCAAGACUGUGCCUAUUCCUCAUAUACGACAAGUUCACACUCUUAAAAGGAAAAGACGAGGAGGAGAAAAAAAACAGUUUUUAUCAACUUGAAUGAACAUAUUUUUCCAGACAUCUGUGCUUUCAUAUAUUGUGUGUUUCUAUAUAAAAACAUGCGAAUAUGAAGAAGACCCGCCAGUGAUGAAACAUUUCAGAAACAUUUUCGGGAGAUCUGCAGGAGAGUUUUAACAGCGAUGGCAACAUUUGUUCCUUUUUCAUUUGUUUUCAGUGUACAUACUGAUGAUCUCCCAUUUACUAUUUAAUAGGACAGUUGUGUAGCAGUAGCUGGGUGGUCUGGGACUGCCUGAUAUUUAUAAGUUGUGUCUCUAAAGCCUCCUUUACUCUGUCUCUCCUGGAUUUUGUUCUGACGAUAAUGAAGUACCCAGUCCCCCGUUAUCUACUUUCAUUUUUAUUUUCUGUUCUGCGACCCCCCCCUUAACACGAGAAGCCAACCCAAGAGGGCACCAGUACACGGAUCUCUCUCUACCUGCCACGGCGGUAGCGUAGACCUGUGAAGUAAAGUGGGACAUUCUUAAGUGGACCUGUAAAACGUGACCUAUCACCAGCUGAGAGUUUGUAUAUUUUCAUAUCCUCUGCUAUUUUUUUUUGGUUGUCGUUUCUUGGCUCUGACGGUUUGAAAAGAAGAAGAAAGGACAUUUGCCAAACAUCUUCAUCAAAAUUUCGUUUUUUUUUUGUUGUUGUUUUUGUGCACUUGCUUCAUCAGGCCAACACGAGCUUGGUUUCUAAUCAAAGCUGAUGAAGUGGUGAACUUGUGGCGACCCCGCCUGUGGAGAGACACCGACACUGUUUUGCCUCCCCCCCCGCCCGCCCUGCCGCCCCCCACGUCUCCGGCCUCCCUUCUAGGGUCGGAGUGGAGUGGAGGGUCACAGCACCUCUAGUGGAGCUGUUGAUGAGUUGCCUCUUGUUAUCUUUCUACCUGUCACACCACCUGUUUUCAACUGUUCUGCUGUAUUUAUAUAUUGCGCCAUACAUAAUACAUGGGUGGCAUUUUCAGGCUAAUUCUCAUCUAAAGGAUGGGAUGAAAAAUUUACUGUACAUAUUCUAUUACAAUGGGCUAUAAGGGACAAAAGUUUGGAAGAAAAAAGGCACCUUUCGGCCGUAUUUGCCCGUCUACAUUCCCUCAAGGUGUCGCCUGUUUAUUGCGGUGACAUUUCAUACGAUGUGGUAACUGCCCUGACACACUGCAAGUCUGUCAGUUUCCCCUCUCUGUCUUGUGUCAGUACCCUACCAAACACACACACGCACACAUACACACGUCAGAUUUCCACCCCUCUUUUUUCCAGUUCCAGUCAGCCUCAUUCUGACUGCAUCCAUCCAUUUUUAUUUAUACGUGUCCACCUCCAGAUGCUCCGGAUGUUUGUUCGAAACGAGGCACAAGCUGCAGCAGAGGACAGAAUACCGUCCGCUCCCACACGCUUUGUUUCCUAUUUAUUGGGUGCCAUGACAGUUUUUUCUGUUUGGCCUGUAGACUCAGUUUAUGUACGGCCAUCUUCAGGUCUGGCUUUAAAGACCUUGUUGCUCUCUUUCAUAUCCUGUAUGAUGUAUAUACGAGUGUAUAUAGUCGUCUCCUCCCUUACUCUCUCUGAACCAUUUUUCAAUCCUUCCUCCUUUCUUCUUCUUCUUCUUCUUCUUCUCCUUCUUCAUCAUCCUUUUUUCUGUAUUUCUCUCAGCCUCCCUCCAAUCGGCAGGCUGACGUUGCCUUCAUCUUAACGAUGUGUGUGUGGUUGUUUGUUUUUUCACACAAAGUGCACUGUAAUCUAAAAAAAACGAUGUUUUCAAUGAGUAAUAUCUUUUAAGUUUCCAACUUUAUUGAUUUGAUCACUUUAAUCAAUCAUUUGUUUCCUGUGUUCUUGUUUAGUUGUUUUUGUUUGUUGUUGUUUUUUUUUUGCAUGUAUACAUGUCGCUGCAUCAUCUGGUAUUUUUAUUUUGUAAGUUUGUUUUAUAAAAAGGUUUGAAAUAUAAAGGGUGUGAUCACUAUCUCACUGAGGUUAAGGACUGAAAUGGAGAGAUCCGGUCAAACUAUUUUCUUAUUGGUUGUUGCCAGGAUCUACCCCAUGAGCCCCGACAGAUGCUGUUGGUCGAGGCAGUCAGGGUUAGACUGAAGAGAAAAAAAAGCCAAUACUGUCACUUUUAGACUGAAGCUGCCCUCGGCUGAGAUUUUAUAAUGCAAGUUUGACCACUUUCAUAUCAAUAACAGAAAAUAUUUCUUGUUUCCCCAAGAACUGUAUUGUAAUCCUGCCACAUGACCAUAUCAGUGGUGGACCACACUGACUGACUUUUAUUUUGAAAUAAAGGUGCUGGUUCCACACAUCAGUUUUAAACUUACUGUAGUUUGGUUUUACCCCCAAAGUUCUUUAAGUCAGGUUGUUGUAAAGGAAUAAUUUGACAUUUGUCUUUUUUUGCUUUCUUGCUGAGAGUUAGAUGUGAUGAUUGAUACGACUCACAUCUGUACACUAAAUGUAAACCUACAGCCAGCCAUUGGUUAGCUUAGCUUAGCUUAGCAUUGCUUAGCGAUACUAGAAACAGGGAAGAAGCUAGCUUAGCUCUGUCCAAUCUGUCUGUAAUUUCCCAACUUGGGAUCAAUAAAGUAUAUCUAUCUAUUAAAUGAUAUAGCUCACUAAUUAACACAUCAUAUUACAUUUUUUUUAAAGUGUAAGCUGCAUAAACCGAAGCAUAAAAUAACUCCACUGGUUGCCUAGGAUACACACUAGGAAAUUAAAUGAUCUAGCCAUGAAAUAUCUGGUAUAUAAUCCACAUAACACCACAUUGUUUUUACACAAGAAAAACAAGCUAUCACAUUAGUUCAUUGGUGAGCUUUAGAGUUGCUAAUAGGCUGAGUCUUUAUGCUAAGCUAAGCUAAGCUAACCAGCUUCUUAUUUAACGUACAUGAGUGAGGUAUCAAUCUUCUCAUCCAACUCUCUGCAAGAAAGCAAAUGAGCACAUUUUCCAACAUGUUAAACUGUUACUUUAAAAAAAGGAAUAAGUGGGCAGGAUUGGGGAAAUCGCAUCACUGAACACAUCUGACAGUUUUUUGGCCAUGACUGUGAGCCAGGGGGGCCAGCAUGUUGAGAUUACAACGGAAGUUUUUUUUUUAUUUUUUAUUUUGUAUUACUGUAGAAGAUGUGAUGGUUGGAUAGAAAACGCCUCUUCUGUUGUGUCAUGUCUCCGUAUCCUGUGGAGCUCACUGUGCUUUGCUUUUGGUUCCCAUCCUGAUCCCUCCCCUCUUUGUCUGUUAUUUCUCAGAUGUUUUUUACUCCUCACAAACUGUAAAGAGUUUCUACCAUUGUCCAAGUUGUGUACAGCUGUGCUCGGGUCUUAACAGUUGUAAUGGAAGGAGCAGGGUCAGAUAUGGCAAAUCUGACAGACUGAAAAAAAACAAAAAAACAAUGACUCAUGAUUCCUUUGUAGUAAAAAAUCUUUUUUGGCAGCUGGAAAAAGGGCGCCCAUCAUGUUUUUCUCUCUCUUUUUCAGUCUUUCUCCACAUUGAUCUGCUUCUCCUGCUGGGUUAUUAUUAUUAUUAUUGCUGCUGCUGCUGCUCUGUGGCUGUUGUAAUAAAAAUACAAAAGAUCUUCAACAGGAAAAAUAACAACUAUGAUGUGAAAUAAUUUCAAUCAAAAUUAAAUUGUCUGUGAAUAUGUUUCAA